AUGCGGGCUGCGCGCCUUCGGGCUGCUGCGUCGCGAUGGGUGGAGACACGAGGCGCGGACCUGCACGGCGUUUCCGUGCUUGGCUCCUCUCCUGCUCUGGUCUGGACGCACGGACUUGGAGGCAGCUGCGAGGCGGAUGAGCUCAGGGGCCUGGAUCAUGUCUUGGACCCUGGGAAGUUGGGGAAUCGGACGGUUCUCCGCUUCGAUUUGCGCGGCCAUGGCCGCUCGGCUGGUGCACACGACCCAGCCAGGGGACACGAGCAGUACACCUGGCCUGAGCUAGCCAAAGACCUUCGACGAGCGGCCGCAGACUCCGUGUCCCGGUGCUUCUACGGAGGUGAGGCGCUGGGUGCUGCAGUGGCUCUGCAUGCAGCCGUGGCUGCGACCAGCACCGGCUCAGUAGAUGCCCCGCCAGGUUUGGUACUGAUGCGUCCGCCACAGGCCCUCGCGCAGGUGGCACGGGGAGUGGUGGAUGCAGCCUGGCAAGACCAGAUGCGCCAACUCGCCGCCACUUUGGAGAAGCAGGGCUUCGAGGCGCUGGAGGCCAUGGAGAAGGCGGACAACGGGCCCCUCUUGAACGGCGCCGCCAGCUUCACAGAGGCCGACUUGGAGCAGCUUUUUGCACUGAGGCGUGCCAUGGGCAAGGAGACGCUCGCGGCCGCUGUGCGCGGACAUGCGGAGUCUCAGCAGCCGGACCUGCAGCUGAUAGGCCGCCUGAAGGAGAACCUGGCCAAAGCACCCUCGACAAUGGCUGCGGACGCUUAUGGUGUUCCGUUGACUCCAGGCUGCCCUGUUCUUCUCUUGGCCGUUGCUGGAGAUGCAGAGCAUCCUGUGGAGGCGGCGGAAGAGCUGGCCGCCGCACUGCCGAAUGCUGAGCUGGAGGUGCACAACCAGAGCUUGCACUAA